AGAAAUUACCACUGUAUAAAUCACUGUAAAGUUGAUAACCUCACUGCCAUGAUGGAAACUGCCUUGUACAAAAGGGUUAGCUAAGGGUUAAUCAUAGAAAGAAUGACAAUGAAUGACGCCUAUCUAUUCAUGGCUCCGUUACGACUCGGUGUAACAACGAUGCUAAUUGAAAGGGAACGUGCUUGCCGCGCGCAGCUCCCUUUGGAGUGGCCGCCCGACCGUCCGCGCGCACGAACCCCGUCUCUGCUGCAACUGCGCAGCAGCGUUUGCCGGCGCGGCCACUCUCAGUGUAUGAGCGCGGCGGUGGCGGAGCAGCGAUGAGGGGCGGCGGCGGCGUACAAAGCGUGAUGGCAGGACCCAGACCUGUGGUGCUGACUGGACCAUCCGGAGCUGGGAAAAGCACGUUUCUGAAAAGGCUUCUACAAGAGUAUGAGGGCGUCUUCGGCUUCAGCGUUUCCCAUACAACAAGGAAGCCACGUCCUGGAGAGGAAAAUGGCAAAGACUAUCAUUAUGUUUCCCGGGAAGCCAUGCAGGCGGGCAUUGCCAAUGGAGAGUUUAUCGAGAAUGCAGAGUUCUCCGGAAACAUGUACGGCACAAGUAAGGCUGCUGUACAGGACGUCCAGGCCAAAAAUCUCAUCUGUCUUUUGGACAUUGACAUGCAGGGUGUGUUGAACAUCAAAAAAACGGACCUCAACCCCAUUUACAUCUCCAUCCAGCCACCGUCCAUGGAAAUCUUGGAAAAACGCUUGAGGGACAGGAAGACUGAGUCUGAGGAGAGUUUGCAGAAACGUUUGGACGUGGCUCGAAAAGACAUGGAGCUCAGCAAAAAACCUGGCAUGUUUGAUGUAAUCAUUAUCAAUGAUGACUUGGAAGAGGCUUAUGGAAAGCUGAAAGGUGCUCUUGCUGAGGAAAUUGCAAAAAUCCACAAAGCCAAAAAGUAGUAGGAGGUGAAAAGAGCACAGCACCAACCAGGCACUCCUUUCUACACAAACCACUUCUUUCCGUUCCACACACCCCAUCCACAUUCCAUCAAGCACCUGUUUCAUCAGCUGCCCACCUCUUUGACGCGGAACCUCCCUGGGAGAGGCUUUUUAACCCACGGUCAUUGCUCUCAAGGAGAAGUUUUUUUAUGUGAUAUGUUGUGUACUUCUUGCUGUGGUUUACCCCUUUUAAUAUAAAAUCCAGCACAUGACUAAUAGAUGACAUAAGUGAGCAAUAUUACUCUUCGUGGGCCAGUUAUAAUCAUGGAAAUACAACAGGACAUUAAGGUUGCUGUAAAAUACAGCUUCUUCCAUGUAAGGCUCGACUGAAGCUCCAUCCCACUCUUCAGAGGGGCUGUCACGGCUGAACAAGCAGUGGUUGUUCUAGUCAAAGUGGAAGGACAAGUCAACUGAGCUGUUAAUUUUAAAGUGAGUUAAUUUAUUUUGGGCGUGGCAGCUAAAAAAGAGGGAAGAAUAUGUCAAAUUAUACUCAGGAACAUCAGCUGGGCAUUUGCCUCCAGCUCUAAAGCCAAACUUGCUGCAAGGUGGCUGAUGGGAAUAUCUGCUCUGUCCUCCUCCAGAACUGAAAAAUGUAUAAAACUUCUCUUUGUUCUUCAGAGUGUGUAGGAUUUGAUCAAAUUACCCAACCUUGUUGUCUGCUUUCUUUGUACAAAGUUUAAGUUCAGUGGCUGUAGGUUGUAAAUAUUGGAUGAAAGUUACAGGCAGCUUUGCACUGUAGCAAAGGUACCGAUGGCCUUUAGAGAAGACUCUGCAGUCCAGCCAGGCUAAUGUUUCUGCAGGUUUUGUGCUUUUAAAUAAUAACUUUGUUCAAAUAGGGAAAAUAAUGAAAGUGUUGAGUUGUUUACCAAGAAAACCUGUUUAAAUGAAGCCUGUAAAGUUCUGAAAUGGAAUUGGAUCAUGAAGUAGGAGGGUGUGGUUGUGGAGGUGUUGGGUCAAGACUCAGGAGGGCUGUGCAGUUUUUUUUUUUUUUGGUGGGGUGGAGGGGGUGACUUGCCACUCUUAAUGAGAAAGAUAAGCCAUGACCCCAAUCUAUAUUUAAUGCAAGUGUCACAAAAACCAGUACUUCACCAGAAUGAGUGCGUGAUGCUGCAGGUCCGUAGGCCUACUGGACACCUCCACAGCACAGCUGUAUGGUCAUGGAGUGAACCACAAACACUUACAGUACUUGAACACAGAUGUUAAUGUUUCCAACUCCAAUGUUUAACGCUGAACAAGUGACUUUUCUGUUGCAGUACACGCCAUUGUUUGUUGUUUACCACCCGUGGUCUGACAUGUUCUCAGUGAAAGGCUGUUUUUAGUUACUACAGUUAAUGCAUUUUUAUACUUGCAGUUUUUUUUCCUGCUUUGGGGAGUUGUCCUCAAUAAGCUGAAAGGAUAUACUAAUGAGACAUUUAUUCUGAACACAUUUUUGUGUUAUUUUUAAUGUGUUGCUGACUAGGGCUGGGCCAUAGCUUUUAGGGUAGUGUGGAAAAAUGUGGAGGUGAAACAAACCAAGCAGGGAGAGUUAGAGUGGAGUAUUUAGGAACACACAAAUUCACAUAACCAACUCGCAAGCAACCAGUUUUUAGUUUUUUUUUUUUUUUUUUUUUUAGCGGAAAGCUUUAUAACUCAGCUAUUUCUACAUGUCACAUACAGUAGGUCUGACAUGUUUUCUGAUAGUCAAAAUACUGAGGCUGUAACCUUUCCUUUUUCUUCUGCCUGUUUAUAUAUUUGCACUAUUUCAGCUAAAAGUUUAUUACAUUUACAUUACUAAAAAUUAGCUAAGUUAAGGACUAAGCUGUAUAGAGACAAGGAUCAGUAGGGUGUGAUUUGAUGGCCCAGUCCUGUUAGACAACACACUUUACCUGGCACCAUUCCUGCCUGUGCUCGACAUGGGUUUAUUACACUGUAGUACAUGAUCAUGCUCACACAAUUAAAGUCCAUGGGCUACACUCCAGCUGCGUGUACUGUCGUCAUUCAUUGUGUGAGUGCCUUUGGAGAUUUUGGCUGUCAACCACACACAAAUUGCAUGCUAAGGAAAAUGGUGGAUCAAAAAUUUAAUUUUCAGUUCAAAUGCAGAAUCUGUUACUGGUCACAAAUUGUUGCAUAAAGUAAUUCAAUUCUACACUAGCAGCAACCCAAAUACUUACUGAACAAAAAAACACCCACAGUCAAUAGUUUUUAUGUUAACUUUUACCUUUUUGUAAGUGGCCACAAGGAAGCAAUGUGUGGUUUAACUCUGAUUUACAGUAAAUUAACCAUGAGGCUACAGCAGUGGCAGAAUACUCAUUUCAAGCCAAAAUGAAUUUUUUUUUU